AUGUCCCGAAAUGCUACGGACACUCAUGAAUACAUAUCUCGGUUGCUCGAAAAUGCAACAGACCCCGCCAUGAAGAAAUGGCUUAACAGUUGCCUUAAGAGCUACGGUUAUGCGCUUUCUGGGAUCUCAGAUGCAUUCAGGGACUACGCUUCUAAGGUUUAUGAGAAUAUCGAUUUCACUAUUCAGAUUGUUGGUGCUCAAGCUCUAAUAUGCGAACAUUCGUUCGGAGAGAAGGGUCAUAAAUCUCCGUUGAGUCACAGAAAUAACAACCUGAAUCGUCUUUCUAACAUCGUUGGGGCCAUUGCAUCUAUCAUUAACUCGCCAGAAUAUGAUUAA